AUCGGUGUUUUGCGCAUCUCUGCUUCGGCUAGUAUGACUUUGAAUUUUACAGAAAGAACAACUUUUAUAAAAGAAAAAAUUAGCCAUGCCCGCAUUUAAAGUUAAGGUGAAGUGGGGCCGGGAGCUCUACACAGAUAUCGUUGUAAACACCGACGAGGAGCCGAUUUUGUUUAAGGCUCAGUUGUUUGCCCUCACUGGCGUUCAACCGGAUCGCCAGAAAGUUAUGUGCAAGGGCGGCAUUCUGAAGGAUGACCAGUGGAAUCUGCAGAUCAAGGACGGCGCUGUGGUCCUGUUGCUGGGCAGCAAGGAAAGUGUUCCAGAAGUGCCUGCCACUCCUGUCAAAUUCAUUGAGGACAUGAAUGAAGCUGAGGCAGCCACAGCGAUGCGUCUACCGGCUGGGCUGACAAAUCUGGGCAAUACGUGCUACAUGAAUGCCACUGUCCAGUGCCUGAAUGCAGUGCCCGAGCUUCGCACUGCCCUGAGCACUUUCAGUAAUGAUGGAACCGACACUAUGUCGACCGCAUUUUCCAUAUCGUCUGCCAUGAAGUCUAUAUUUGCUCAAAUGGAGAAGGGCACCACCGUGACGCCAAUUGUGCUGCUGCAGGCAUUGCACCGGGCAUCACCGCAAUUUGCCCAGACUGGCGAAAAUGGCACAUACAGGCAGCAGGACGCCAAUGAGUGCUGGGCGGAGAUCCUGAAAAUGUUGCAGCAAAAGCUGCGGCCAAAAAACCAGGAACCCUCGAAUACUGUCCAGAAAAGGCACAGCUCGUUUAUCGACCAGUUUUUUGGUGGCACUUUUGAAGUUAAGAUGAGCUCAGAAGAGGAUCCCGAUGAACCUUCAACAGUAACAAGCGAAAAUUUCUUGCAGUUAAGUUGCUUCAUUUCCAUGGAUGUGAAGUACAUGCAGAGUGGUCUGAAAUCUAAAAUGAAAGAGCAGCUGGUGAAAAAAUCAGAAACCCUGGGACGCGAUGCAAAGUACAUUCGAACUUACUUGGUGAGCCGACUUCCAGCCUAUCUCACCGUACAAUUCGUGCGCUUUCAAUACAAAGGAAAGGAGGGCAUAAAUGCCAAGGUGUUGAAGGAUAUCAAAUUCCCCAUUGACUUCGAUGCCUUUGAGUUGUGUACCCCCGAAUUGCAAAACAAGCUCUGCCCAAUGCGUUCGAAAUUCAAGGAUCUGGAAGACAAGAAAAUGGAAGUUGACGUUGUCAAACGCAAUGAACCCAACGAAGAGAAGAAGGACGUUAAGUACGAGCAGUUCUGGUUCGACGACGACUUGGGCAGCAACAAUUCGGGAUACUAUACGCUGCAGGCGGUGCUCACGCACAAGGGACGCUCCAGUUCGUCGGGUCAUUAUGUGGCCUGGGUUCGCUCCAGCGGCGAUGUGUGGUUCAAGUUCGAUGAUGAUGAGGUCUCCGCCGUGGCCACGGACGAGAUUUUGCGGCUUUCCGGUGGCGGAGACUGGCAUUGCGCCUAUGUCCUGUUAUAUGCGCCCAGACGUUUGGAGAAACUAUAAGUAAUUGUGUUAACGUCAUUACAUUUGUAUUGUUAAUAUAAUAAUUCUGAAUAAAUAACCAAAUCCUUAAGGGUGAGCUCUCAUUUCCAAGUCUUCAAUUCGCAUUGGUUUGUGACACA